AUGGACCACAUGGACGGCAAGACCCUCCGCGCUUUCUGCCUCCGCGCUUUCUCCCGCGUAGAGUACCUCCCUGUAGACACCAAAUACGACGGACCACCAAUCGGCUACGCCGCCAAGGUGGUCCAGCACACCACGCCAGGGGGCGCGGUCACCACCAACACGGUCGGCAACCCGCUGGCUCCCCGCCCAACGUACUACGUCAAGUGCGAGAAGCUUGACUGCAAGCAGUGCUCCGCCACGUCGGCCUCCAACAAGAAGUCGGCCAGCGCCUCGAGCGCCGGCACUGUUGUUUGCGGUAUGGACGUCAAGUGCACUGACAAGGUGGACGAGAAGGUGGAUGAGAAAUUUGUCUAG